CCUUCUCCAUGCCCGUGGGCAUCUGCGGCACGGCCCGGUUAAUGGAGGCAUAUUCGGCCAAGUCAGGCAGGUCCUCGCAGCGGAAGACGGGCAGCGGCUUGGACGCGUCCAGCGCCCGGGCCCGGAACGACAGUUUGCUCAUGUUAGGCGGCGAUGGCGGCUCCGGCUGGGAAGGGGGGGGCGACAGCAAGCGCGCUCCGAGCUGAGAGCCGGACCCCGCCGAGCGAUCUCAUGGAGGGACCGGGGCUCCCCCGGCGGGGCGGGGCGCACUCCGACACGGGGCCCGGCGGCGCCCGCUGGCGCGGCUGGGCUGGGCGCUGGCUCCGCUCCUCCGCCGCUCCGGUUCCGCUCAAUACGCCACGGCCAACAUGGCGGACAUUAAACCUCGACUGGCCGCCUCUUUCAGCCAACCCCAGCGCCACAGCCAUUCCCACACUGCAUCGCGCAGGGCGCGGGCACGGCGCCGCCCGGGGGGAGCGCGCGCGGCGCGGGCACGGCGGCGCGGGCUCGGGAGCGCGGGACGCUGCGAGCGGCCCGAGCGGGAUCGGGAGCGCGGGAAGGCUCAGAGCCGCCGGAGCCAGAUCGGGGCACAGGGAUCAGGGGCGCAGUCGGGAGCAAAGGGAGUUUUAAUCAACGUGUGCGGCACCGCUCCGCCCUCCGGCCGCCGAGCUGUGCCGCGGAGCCGCGCUCCGCUCCUGCCGGGGUGAGGAAGCUGGGGCAGCCCCCAGCCCCUCAGCCCGGGGGGAACCUCCCCUGGAGCCGCGCCUGACCAUGACAGCUCUGGGAAACCUGGCCGAGAGAGGCGGGGAGGUGCCGGCCCCGACCUUUCCGGCCUCUCGGGGGCCGGACCGCGGGACAGGGGUGCCGGGUUCUGAAUUCACCCCGACCCGGGAGGGCUGCGGUGCCCCCGGCCGCGGCCGGAGCGGCGCCCCGCGAGUGGGGGGGUCCGACCGCGGGGCCGCCCCGGGAGCGCCCCUCGCCUCAGGCCCCGGCCGCGGCCCCGCCGCCGGGCGCUGUCCCUCUCUCUCCGCGCCGCCGAACCGGGUUCGCGUCCGUGCUAAAUAAAGGGGAAGCGCGGGCACCUGCCCGAAAACGGUGAAGAACCGUAAGAACCGGGCACCUCCACAACGGCAUUUCCACCCCUUUUCUCUGAGGUUUUCAGAAACUUAGUCCGGCAGCAAAGUGCAGACACGUGAACUGGUUUAAGCCUUGCGUGGACUUAAGUUGUUAUCAGUGACCCGGCUCAAGCGAGCUCACCCCAGGCAAUGGGUAGAACCCACUUGAGCGUGUCUGAUUAGGGAAGCUCGUUUACAUCUCAAUGAGUCGAUUAAAGUGAUGCACUGUUCGGCUCUAAGCAAGGGAUCGGAAAUGCCGAGUUAGCCCCGUCUCGGUGCUCUCUGCACAAGCCGCCCCAGGGCAUCCCAGCGCGGCCACAGGAGCGUCAAACUCCGCUCCGGCCAGGCCAGGGCUGCAGCCGCCCGGCUGAGGAACUCUACGUGCCCGUGUAUGCUCUCGCAGCAGGUUACAGAUUUUUACCUUACACUUCCAAGAUAGAAAUCCUGUCUUGAAAGUCAAGUUAAGAAAAAUCAUUUCAAGUGCUUCAGGGCUUCUGGUGGGAUAAUGGAAACCAGAGGUGCUGUGAUAUCCCUGGCAUUUUCUUCUCAGCUGCCCUGCGAAAUCCCCAAAUCUGCUGUUAGGGCAAUCUGAGAAGCAGAGCCAAAUGGAAGGUGGUUUUCUCAAGUCAUUCAGGUUACAAGCAUAAGACUU